AUGUUGCAGCAGUCAAGCUGCGAGGCGAUUAGGCGUCAAAGAUGGCACGUGCCCAGAUCUGGGCCUUCGGCCCGUGGCAUUCAACAUACUGUGACAAGACAGGCUCACCGCAAACUUGAACCUGAUUUCCAUGACAAGUACGGCAACCUCGUUCUCAUUUCUGGGUUGGCAUUUGGUAUUGGCACUUGGGCCUAUGCUUGCAUUCAGCUUCCGCUUACAUGGAAUUUCUCUCCAGUUGGUCGACUGACUCCAAAGGAAUGGAGAGAAGACUAGAGGUGACUUUCUGACCCCUCUGGGAAUUGGGAAGGAACCUGAGCUGUAUGUGUGCCACCCUUCUCUGGCACUCUUCUCUGUGUCAUGUGUGUUGUAAUAAAUGUAUUGACAAUAAAUGAUUUGAAUCAUAA